AUGCUUCGUGUGAUCUAUUUAUCUCGUGCUCAACCAGCAGCACGAAAUUUAUUACUUAUUAACAAACGAUAUCAACAAACAUCUACAACUUCUUCUACUAAACCACCAAGUAGUAAUCCUUCAUCGGCUACCAAAACAACAACAACCACAACUUCAUCAUCAAGUACUCCUCGUCCACCACCACCGCCACCACCACCAUCACGUCCAGCUGAUGUUAAAACUGGUGGAACAUUGAAAGCUAUUGUUUAUGGUGUUGGAAUUGGUCUUGGUAUUACAUUACUCUAUGCUGAAUAUGAUAAUGGUUCAUUUCGUCGUAAAGUUGAAUCAAAACUUCCACUUAGUUCAACAAUUUUAAGUAUUCUUGAUAAAGCUAUCGAUCCUAUAUUUGGUCGACAAAAAAAAUUAACAACUAUAAUAUCAGAAAAAUUACCCGACAUAUCACCUGUUACUGAUCGACUACCUGAUAAAGAACAAGUUAAAAAAGCUGCUGAACAAGCUAAAGAUGUUAUUAAUGAUACAUAUGAUAAAUUACCUGAAUAUAAAACUGUUAAAGGUAGAAUUACUCAUGCUGCUGAUCAAGUCAAAGAUGCAGCACAUGCUGUUCGUGAUGCAUUACCUGAUCCAAAAGCAGUAAAAAAAACUUUAACACAUGCUAAAGAUCAAGUUGAGGAUACGGCAAAAUCAAUUGCACAUACAGUUAAAGAUGCAUUACCAGCAACAAAAGGUGUAUCCGGUGAACAAUCAAGUCGAGGUAAUGAUCCUGUAUUUUUAGAAGAAUCUGGCGAAGUAGCAACACCACCACCAAUUAAACGGUAUGUUCAAUUUGAUCAAAAAUGA